AAUGAAAAUGACAUCAUUAAUAAUUGUCACAUUAUAAAUCUAUAGUUCAUUAGCAGUUCUUGGAAUAGAUUUGAGUGCAAAACAUGAUGAUUUUGGUUGUUUCAGAAUGAAUGGAUAUUAAUUUGCAAUAACAAGAGCUUACAGAAGUUAUGGAGAAGUUGAUUUAGAUGGAUAUGAAAAUUUAGAGAAAGCAAAAGCAGCAGGAUUAAUAGGUGAUGUCUACUUCUUUCCAUGUAAAGGAAGUAAUUAUAUAAUUAUUAAUAAAUUUAAUUAGAGAAAACAGCAAAAAGUCAAGUAUAAGAAUUUGUUUAAGUUUUUGGCAAUCAAUAGACAUAAGUAUAUGGUACAGUUUGGGUUGAUGUUGAAUCAAAUCCUAGCACAAAUUGUGGAUGGACAAAUGAUUAUGCAAGCAAUUGUAAUUUCUUAUAAGAGAUUGUGAAUGAAUUAAAAGGAAAUAGUAGAUCUGUAGGAAUAUAUGCUUCAUAAUAUAUGUGGACAUCAAUAUUUGGAAGUACAUCAGCAUGUUCUCAUUUUACUUCACUUCCAUUAUGGUAUCCUCAUUAUGAUCAUUCACCAAAUUUUGAUGAUUUUCCUAAAUAUAAAUUUGGAGGUUGGACCACUCCAAGUAUUAAAUAAUAUUCAGGCACAACAAAUAUUUGUGGUGUAGGAGUUGAUUUAAAUUAUUAUAUGUGA